AUGACGGAAGUGAUAUUGGUGGAAGUGAUAUUGUGGAAUCCGGAAGAUGUAGAGUUUAGCGGAUUAAUCGACCAAAUCGUAGACCGAUUGGUUCAUGGGUGGCUUGUUUACGACGAUUUAGAAGCUCUGUUCCAUGGAGAAGUAGAGGAAGGUGAGGAAGAAGGAGAAGAUGGUGACGAUGAAGAAAGAGAAGCAGGAGAAGAAUCCGAGGAAGAAGGAGAUGAGUCCGAGGAAGAAGGAGAUGAGUCCGAGGAAGAAGAAUUCGAGAGUGAGCCCGACGAUCUCACCAAAUAUCCCACCUACAUUCCUGGUAGAAAAAUAUUCAAAGCAAAAUUAGAUGUGUAG